UUCUCUUACAACCCGUUUGUUUCCCCCAGGGGACUGACUUCGAUUUCAACUCACAACGAAGGAGUCGGACGAAUUGGCUUACGCUUGUCCACGUAGAUUGAUGAACAACCCUGAUCUUCAAUACUGCUGGGAUAACACAAGGGCCAUGACUGGCUUGGAAGUGAAAGAUCACUUGCAUGAUUUAAUGGUUCACCAGUUCGCCAAUUAUCUUAUUCAGAAACUCUUCGAAGCAGGCAAUCAAGAACAAAGGACUGAACUGCUUCUCUUGCUCGUUAGCAGCGAACAAAAAUUCCUGAAUGUUCUGCCAUUGUUGAAGCCUAUUGCUGUUACGUUGAUAAACAACACCCAUGGUCAUCAUAUAAUUGAACACUGCUUAAAUAAAUUCUCAAAUGAAGAUACAAAGCACCUUGUGGAUGAAAUUAUCAAACAUUGUAUCGACACUGCAACUGACAAAAGCGGCUGGUGUGUAUUGCAACAAUUCUUGGCCCAUGCCAAAGCAGAAGCUAUGGAGCGUCUGCUGGCUGAAAUUACGGCAAAUGCGUUUAUUCAUUCUAAGCAUCCCAGCGGGUUUGUCUUUCUAAAUCGUUUUCUAUUUAAAAGAGUAUUUAUAUCACAAAAUCAACAAAUUUGGAUAAUUAAACCAAUCUGA